GCUUCAGCCUCAGGAGGAGAGCAGCAUCAUGGCGGCUGCAAGGCGGCCACGAGCAACUACGUAGUGAUCAGCAUGCAGAAAGGAAAAGCACGACAUGUGAUCCAUGGCUCCAUCAACGUGAAGUGUCAUUGAAAUCCGGUUUUGGCUAACAAAGUGGCGUGCAAAUCUGAGAUAGCUGGCUUCAAUGGAGCUGCAUCGUGUGUCCCAACCCGCAUCCUGGGAUAUGGAACGUGCAACUUUGAGUUUUUGUUUCCUCUAAGUCCCCAACAAAGAUGGCAGGGUCGAAGCAAGAGCGGAUGCGCCUCUUGCCAAGGCUUGCCAUGUUGUUACUCCAGCGCGCAACUUUUGUGAGCACUUUGUGCUAUUGCGCCGGAGUGGUGGGAAUCCUCCUUCUGCCUGCCAUUGCCAAAGAGACUUACGUGGACGAAAAUGCACUCAGUCCAGGGAUGGCAACCCCUGGAGGUUUGUACGAAGAUGUCCAGCAAUUAGUGGCGGAGAUCAGAAAGAACUCAUCCCAGACACUCCACUCCUGGGUGGUGCAACGGCUCACAGCUCUUGGUGUAGACUCCUGCACACACUCCUUUCCCACUCCUCCCCUCCCUCACAACUCCCCUUUCCAGUUUUCUGAACCCCUUACACGGACGGCUACCCAGGCAAAAGAAUCGGGUCACAACAUAGUUGGGGUAGCGAGAGCCUGGAGAGGAGAGGGCAACGAGUGCAUGGUCCUCGUCACCCCCAUGUCUGCGGAAGACACAGCGGCUGGGCCAGAUGCUAUUGCCCUGGCCAUAAGCUAUGUCGUCUUCCGCCAUCUUACGACAGUGCCCUGGCUAGCCAAGGACGUGAUCUGGGUGCUUCCGGACAGUCGCUACGGCGCAGAAUACGCCCUCUCCCAGUGGUUGGCAGACUACCACUCCCCGUCUGCAAACUCCACCGGUCGCUUUCUCAGGGGGGGAGCAAUCCAAGCUGCCGUCGCGCUCGAGAUCGAUGCGGGGUACCGUUCCGGGCCGUUUGACUUGGUGGAGCUGCGGGGCGAGGGGCCGAACGGCGAGAUGCCAAACAUGGACAUGUUCAGCACCGUAACGUUCCUCAACAGGUAUCAACCGGUGCACUGGGGCUUGCGCUUCGAGCUGGCGCGGUGGUGGGGGCUGAGCAAAUACCUGGGGCCGUUACUGCCGUUUCUGCGGUGGGCAGCGGACGAAAUCGGACGGACGUCCGGGCAGGAGUACGGGCGGCACCUGGAGAUGCUGGCGGCGUGCAUGCACCGGCAGGCCGUUGGAGCGUCGACGGGAGUGCAUGGGGCGUUCCGCCGGUACACCAUCGACGCCCUGACUCUCGUGGCGAAGCCGACCGGCGACAACCACGACCCGACGGCAAAGGUGUCGGCGGCCGCGGCAGCUGCUGCGAGGCAUGACCAGGCGCGAAGCAUUUUGAAGAUCUCAAGGCUGCUUGAGUCCUUCCUCCGCUGCCUCAACAACCUGCUCGAGCGCUUCCACCACUCCUUCUUCCUCUACGUCCUCGCCUCGCCCACUCGCUUCGUCUCCAUCGGCGAGUACAUGAUCCCCUUCGCGCUCCUCCUUGCAACAUUGCCGCUCACUGCCGCCGCGCUGGCCGCCAAGGGGUUUUUGGUGCCCUGCUUACAAGGACAAGGUGAAAGCGCGGGCCAGAAAACGAUGUUCGAAGCUGGCAAGAAGUCGGGGUCGGGCAAGGGGACGGGAGAGUUUGCGGAGAAAGUUGCGAGCGGUGAGCGGACAACAGAGAACGUCCGGCGAACUAAUGACGUCACCAAGUCUCAGAGAUAUGCGCCGGAGAAGAGCGUAUCUGGGGAGAUGUCGGGCUGUGCAUAUCCUGUCAAGUUAAGUAGCAAGAAGCCCGCGAAUCAAAAUAGGGUGGGCUCGGCGGAGGAAGCCCUGCCGAGUAGCUUAUGCCUCCUUCCCGCCAACUGGACAGGAGCAGCGGCAACCGUUGUCACCGCAUACCUGGGGGGAGCUUUUCUGUGGCAGAUCACCCCCCUGCUGCUUGACCUCGGAACGGCUGCCUCGCAGCGGCUGGGAACCGCCGCCGACGCGACGAGCGUCGCAGUGUGGGCCGUCGCCGCACUUCCGCUGCUGACAUCAGCAGUGCUCGCGGUCCCUGUCGGCGCAGAAACCUCUUCGCUCUCGUUUACUGGUGCUGCGUCUGACAAGGCUGGGGUGAUAAUGGGCGGGAGUGUGCAACACGAUAUUCGAGAGGAGGGGAGAACGGGAGCGCGUUUCAGAAAGGCGGACUGGGUUGCAUUGAAAAGUGCGACUCUUGCGGUUGCGGGUCUGGCGCUCGGGGCGCUGGUGAACCUUGACUACGCGCUCGCUCUCUUGUCGGCGGUCUUUCUGGUCCCCAUCUGCUUGUUAGCACGGCCGGUCCGGCUGUUGAACGUCAACAAAGUCGAAGUGUUGCAGAAAUUGGACGACUCGGCCCCCGUAGCCUCGACAGAAGGGCAAGAAGAUGAGAAGCAAGAUUUGCGUAAAGUUACAGGUUCUGGAGAGUCCGCGGAAAGUGAGCGAGGGUCAUUGAAUCGCGACCAAGUGGAGGGUAUUGAAAGCUCGGAUGUCCGGGAAAAAGUAGGUUCCGAGUCUCGGUCGGAAGACCGGUCGCCCAGCAUGAUUGCUCUCUGCGAGCAAGUGCGUGCGAACUUUGCAGAGGAGCGGCGACGGAGGCAGGAAGCAAGGGCGGGGUCUCGGGCGGGAAGGCUAAAAGCAACGGUGAAAGGGGCAGUUCUGUGGGUCCUGGACAGACGAAGGGCGGCGAAAGAUUGGGCCAAGCGAAAGCUGGGGCGCCGGCGGACAGGCGACGAGAGGUCCUCUCGUAAAACAAUUUUGAAGCAAGUGGUUCUCCUCUUGGGGGCAACUUUGGCUUCCGUUGGGCCCUUCUUUGUGUUGGGUUGGGAGCAAGAACAGGGACCUAGCGUCGGCACCCUCGUCCAAAGGGUUAAAAGCUCGAGUUCCAUAGCAAUGCCGUGGUUGAUUGCGGGGUAUUUGCCCACCGUUGCCUUGUGCCUGAGAGUCAUUUUCUCGCCCCCGUUUGAUCGCUAGACCGUUUGUUGACAAGGCUGGCUGUCCUCAGCCCAACUUGAGUCGCCAAGUAUGUCAGUCGACUUAACAUGCAUGCGAAGGAGCUCAAGUUCGCAGCCAUGGUCGUUAAAUCCCCGUCG